UGUAGUUCAUAAACCGGCUGGCACAGGCAGGCUGGACCUCCUCUCUCUCUUCCUCUUCUCUCUGCUUGUACCCUGAACAACAAUGGCGUCAUCCUCGGACCCGUGCUCCUUCUCCUCCUUCACCAAGUGCGUUACGAAGCAUCUGAAUGUCACCUACCAUGUGGAUUUUGACAGCCAUGUUCUCCGGGGGAAGGUGGCCCUCACCGUCGAAGUCCUGGAGGAUCGUUUGUCGUCUCUGACGCUGGACACCAAAGAUCUGAAGAUAUCCAAGGUGACGGCCAAUGGACAGGAGGCACAGUUUGCCAUGGGAGCCAAGCACAGCUUCAUGGGGACCCCUCUGGAGAUCACCCUGCCCUUCGACCUCUCCAGGGGGCAGCAGGUGAUCGUAGAGGUGAGCUAUCAAACCUCCCCAAAUGCAUCUGCCCUGCAGUGGCUUACACCUGAACAGACCGCGGGGAAGAAGCACCCUUACCUCUUCAGCCAGUGCCAGGCCACUCACUGCAGGAGCAUGGUCCCAUGCCAGGACAGCCCCUCUGUGAAGCACACCUACUACGCUCAGGUUUCUGUUCCCAAGGAGCUGGUGGCAGUGAUGAGCGCCGUGCGUGACGGACACAAGGCUGACCCCCAGGACAGCAGCCGGAUUAUCUACCGCUUCAGACAACCAGUGCCUAUGCCUUCUUAUCUUAUUGCCAUCGUCGCUGGAGCACUAGAGAGCAGAGAGAUUGGGCCAAGGUCCCGCGUCUGGUCUGAGAAGGAGUUUGUGGACAGCGCAGCUUUUGAGUUCUCCGAGACAGAGACCAUGUUGAAGACGGCGGAGGACCUGGCGGGGCCGUACGUGUGGGGCCAGUAUGACAUCCUGGUGCUGCCGCCCUCCUUCCCCUACGGAGGCAUGGAGAACCCCUGCCUCACCUUCGCCACCCCUACCCUGCUCGCUGGGGACCGGUCUCUGUCAAAUGUUAUUGCCCAUGAGAUCUCCCACAGUUGGACCGGUAACCUGGUGACUAAUAAGACCUGGGAACACUUCUGGUUGAAUGAGGGCCACACCGUCUAUCUGGAGCGGAUGAUUGGCAGGUGCAUGGAGAGUGAGCAGUUCAGGCAGUUUAAAGCAAUGGGAGGCUGGAAGGAACUACAGGAUUCGAUUAACACCUUCGGUGCCGAUAAUGCCUUGACCAACCUAGUGCCCAACCUGCACGAGGUGAAUCCCGAUGACGCCUUCUCCUCUGUGCCCUAUGAGAAGGGCUUCGCUCUGCUCUACCACCUGGAGCAGCUCAUGGGUGGUCCAGAGGUGUUCAUGGGUUUUGUCAAGUCUUACAUCCAGCUGUUCGCCUACAGCAGUGUCACCACAGAGGAGUGGAAGAACUACCUGUUCACCUACUUCAGAGACAAGGUUGACAUUCUGGAAAAAGUGGACUGGAAUGCCUGGAUGAACACUCCCGGGAUGCCUCCUGUCAAACCACAGUAUGACACGACCUUGGCGGAUGCAUGCAUUGCUCUGUGCCAGAGAUGGGUGAAGGCCAAAGACGGUGAUUUGGGGGGUUUCAAGGAAGCGGAUGUGAAGAUUCUCUCCUCCCACCAGCUCAUUGAGUUCCUGUCCCUCCUUCUUCAGGAGGAAGCCCUCCCCUUGGGCCAUGUGAGGAAGAUGCAGCAAGUGUACAAAUUCAACGACUGUACAAACGCAGAGAUCCGUUUCAGGUGGCUGCGGCUGUGUGUGAAGUCCAGAUCGGAGGAGGCUGUUCCCUUGGCAUUGAAGAUGGCAACAGAUCAGGGAAGGAUGAAGUUCACACGCCCUCUCUUCAGAGAGGUGUACAAUUUUGACAAGUACCGUGAGGAGACCGUGCGUACAUUCCUGGCCCACAGGGCCACCAUGCACCCGGUGACGGCCGACCUGGUGGCCAAAGACCUGAAAGUGGAUUCAAACCAGAGCACGAGCUUGUAAAUCCGCUCCGCCAGGGCACGAGGGGGUCCGAAAACCCUACGAUGCUUCUACAAGCACUACCGACGAAUCAAAAUCACUUAGUCGUUUCCCUUCCUUUUUUAUCCUCGUUUUCUCUACUUGGCAAGGCAGGGGGGAUGUAUUGCUAACUGGACUCUCGGUUUAAUUUUUAAUUUGUUCUGAGUUUUUGUGUACAUCGGAAAUCUAUGCAUCUCAGGGCAAAGAGCAGACUUGCUGGUUUUACAAGGGAAUAAAGGUUCUGUCUGGAGCAUGUGUGUGCUAAUGAAACCCGGUCCUGAGUCUGAAUGAAGGCUGUUGAGCUUCUUUUCUUAAUCACAUUAUCAUCUCAGUACAACUCCAACUGUUUAGUCAUCCACAAAAUAUGUGCAUUUCUGAUCAAAGGUGCACCUUUUUCACAUUUUCAGAAAAAUGUUACGGUUAUACUGAGAUUUCAAUAUCUGUUAAAUACUAUAAACCAAA